CGAGAUAGAUAGAUCACCAUCCCCCGGUGCCUAAGUCUCGCUGGAUUCCGCGUCGACCACGCACCCCCCCAAUAGCUAUAUCACAUCCCCUAGCAGCAUAUUUUCUCUCUCCUCGCUCCCGACGGCCGGCCUACCACUAUGGGCUGGUUUUGGGCGGACAGUCCUCAAGGCAAGGCCGGUUCUCCAUCGUUAUCGCAUCGCUCUCUUCCGCCACCUCGGGAUGGGGCCAUAUCACCCCCUAAGGGAUGCCCGAUCCACAAACACCAGAAGAUCGCCGAUGUCUCUACAUCGAGCCCAAAUUCCGUCGGAAAUCCCCUAGUCGAGCGUGAGCCGUCGCCCUCCGAAUCAGUUUCGGCGUGCCCUGUGCCGCAUGGCUCUAGAUUCUAUGCCAGAGAACCCCGAAGGGAACCCGAUCCGCAAUCUGCUUUCUCGAAAUUGAACCCGCUUAACUACAUGUUCCGCGACCUAUCCCAAGCACCCGCCCCGAACCAGUCACACGUUCUUCCUACCUCUCGCGAACCCUCGACCAUUCCCCGCGGCGACGGCGAUGGGAAUUGGGAAUACCCAUCCCCGCAGCAGAUGUACAAUGCCCUGCUCCGCAAGGGUUACACCGACACCGAUGUCACUGCCGUCGAGAGCAUGGUGAGCGUGCACAACUUCCUCAACGAGGGAGCCUGGGCCGAGAUUAUGGACUGGGAAAAGCGGUUUGCUGGCGGGCUGUACAAAGGCUGGCAGAAGUGUAGUCGAGGAGAGCAAAACUUUGAGAAGAUGGUGAAGAAGCACGGAUACGAGAAGGAGGUCAACGAUCUCAGCCCAAGCUUGGUCAGGUUCCAGGGCCGACCGAAGGAUAUGACACCUAAGGCGGCCAUGUUCCAGGUCAUGGGGUGGAUAUAUCCCAGCGCCUUCGGCACCGAACCCCCCUUCGACCGGCAUGAUUGGUAUGUCUCGCGGGACACGGAUGAUCAGAAGAAAGAAGUUCGCUACAUUAUCGAUUACUAUUCCGGGCCGCCGGAGCCUACGGGUGAGCCCGUCUUCUACCUCGACGUCCGACCAGCGAUGACACCGACCGGCGUGGCCGAAAGAGCGCUGCGAUGGGGUUGCGACGUCUGGUGGAGGGCGAUAGGGGGUGACUUCCGCGAGCGCGAGAGGGUCGAGAAAGCGAGCUGAUAAGCCCAGUCAGCUACACACAAGACGCAUGGCUACGCCUUAUAUAACGUCGAUGAGAACGCGGAGUUUAGGUUUUUUUUUUUC